AUGAAUCAACCAAAAGAUUUUAUAAUAUUAAAGAUGAAAUACAUCGUAUUAAUCGCCCUCUUUGCUAUUGCAUUUGCUGAGAUCCACCCAGUCAAUGACGAGAUCGUCAAGACUAUUAAGGAGACUGCCACCUGGACCCCAAUGGAGCCAGAAGAGAACCCAUUCGCUUACAUGUCUGUUGAACAGAUCAAGGGAAUGAUGGGAACUAAGCUCAGAGUCUAUGAAGACAAUGCUGCUGAGGUCACUGCUGAUAUCCCAGCUGAAUUUGACUCCAGAACUGCCUGGCCAGGAAAGGUUCACAACAUCAGAGACCAAGGAGCCUGCGGAUCCUGCUGGGCCUUCGGUGCUACUGAAGCUCUCUCUGACAGAUUCUUCAUUGAGAAUGGUGUCGAUGUUGUUCUCUCCCCACAACACCUCGUAUCUUGCGACAGAUCUAACUAUGGUUGCAACGGUGGAUACUUAGACAAAGCCUGGGACUUCAUGCAAACUACUGGAGUUGUCCUCGACUCAUGCAUGCCAUACACCUCUGGAACUACCGGACAAGACGGAGAAUGCUACACCCACUGCACCUCUGAGACUGAUGAUGAAUUCAGAAAGUACAACUCUGAGAGAGCCACCAUGACCAGAGAUGUUGCUACCACCCAACAAGCCAUCAUGACUGAGGGACCAGUCGAAGCUGCCUUCACUGUCUACCAAGAUUUCAUGAGCUACAAGAGCGGUGUCUACAAGCACACCACCGGAUCUAUGCUCGGAGGACAUGCCAUCAAAGCUCUCGGAUGGGGAGAAGAAGACGGAACUAAGUAUUGGAUCAUGGCCAACUCCUGGGGAACUGGAUGGGGAGAAGAUGGUUUCUUCAAGAUUGCCAUGGGAGACUGCGGAAUCAACAACCAGAUGACCUUCGCCCUUGCCCACAAGGAUUAGUUAUCUAAAAUAACUUCCUGCAAUAAAAAUGACAAAAAGAUUUGUCCAUUU